AUGGGAAGGUGCCAUUCGAUCCAAGUGGAUAGGGAUGGGAGAAGCAGCUGCAGUGUAAUAUCCCUCAUGCUAGCUAAGCACGGUCAAGACAUAGACGGGACGGACGGCCAGAAACGACCAUCCCACUACACGGAGGAUCCAUCCCAUGACAAGCGCGAGAAACGCAAAUGUCCCGGGAUAGAGGUUUCCCGCACAUUUCCAAGCAGCUAUGUGGAAGUUCAGAAACAUGGAAAUGACGGAAGGAUUAAAAUGAGAGAUUUUAAUUCUCAAGUACGACGGGACGAAACCCUCCAGUCAAGGAAACGUCUAGACACUCAGCAGCUUGUUGAUCUGAUCAACAAUGAGCCAAUGGGAAGGAGCCACUUGAUCCAGGAAGAUAGGAUCAAGGAGGAGAUGCUCAUCCUCAACGAACCAAUCACGUUCAGCUACCCAGCAGCUUGGGGAAUGGACCAAUGGGAAGGUAACCUUCGGGGAAGGUUAUGCUGGCAGAUCUCUUUUGUGUGUAAGAUUGUGAUGGGUAACCUUCGGGGAAGGUUAUGCCGUCAGAUCUUGUUUAUGCAGGCCCAUAUGUUGAGUAUGACUCCGAUGUGGAAAGAUCACGGACGGCUGAGCCGCCAGAUCUUUCGAGGUUCGUGUGGGUACUCUUCCGAGGCAAGGGAAGCUCUGCCGCAGAACCGAGGGUGUAGUCAAGCGCAUUCUCGCACGUCAGAGCCCAACCGGAUUGGCAGCGUGGAGGCUGUGCAUGAAGGGAGGAAGACUCGGAGGAUAACCUGGUCAGCUGCCUUGGCCGAGUAUGGUACCAUAUGA